AUGGAGAAAGCAGGAAUACAAGAAUCCAAUGAUGACUUCACAAGACUGGAAAAAUUAAUAAAAAAAUGUAUGGAAGAAAGCAAAGUAAUAAAGACCAAAAUUAUGAAUGAACCACAAAAAGAAUGGAUAAACAAAAGUAUCAUAACAGAGAUCAAUGAAAGAAACUUGAUGUGGACAGAACUACAGAACAACCCAGAAAGAGAAAACCUGAGAAAAAAGUUUAUCACCAAAAGACAUAAAAUAAUCAAGUUCAUACGGGAAACAAAGAAGUCAUAUUAUAAGAAGGAAUUCGACAAAUACAGUGGAAAGCCCAAAAAGCUAUGGAAUUUACGCAAUACUCUUACAAAUAAUAAAUUUAAACAAAGAUGCGCUCCUCCCAAACUAUUGUUAAUUCAAUAG